AUGGUGACCAACGCUCUUGCAGCUCUGCGUGAUCUGGAGUCGUUCAUGUUCCGCGACAACAAGCCCGUCCGCGAGAGGCAGAAGCUGCUCCGCAACUUCCACGUCGUAGAUAAGCUGGUUGAAUUGCUGAGCAAGUCCAUGGAAACCCGUGCAGGUUUGGACCCAGGCCACGGGCACACGAAAACCCCAAAGCAUGUACUCAACGCAGCAUGCAACGUGUUGAAAGCGUACGUUGUUGGGAACUCCCGAAAGAACGAGCACUACUUGGCCAAGCAUAUCCCCUUCUUUCAAGAACACAUGGGCGCUCCUCUCGAAAUUGAAAGUCUCUACACGGAGCUUGUUCGCGAUGAUCUACAGGUUGUAGACAGCCUCAAAGAAGACGACGUGAAGCAGAUUGUGCAGAAGCUCAAACGCAUGAGCAGUGCUGACAACGCGCAUUCGGAUAAGCUCGAACGAGAGUUUCUGAUGUUCCUUGGCGUUCUCUGUGUUUGCGAAGAUACGCCUGUCCCAAGCAAGCAGAACACGAUUGCCAGGCUUCUCUUCGAUGACGAGCAUGAUCACGUGGAUGUGACGCGCCUCUUUCCCUCCUUCAUCGUGCCAGACCCACCGGAGGACCAGCUUGGGGAUGCGCCGUUCCUCACCGACGAACACAAGGUAAUAGCACCCCUGGCAUACUGA